CGCAGAUGUGUCAUAUCUUAUAACGUUAAAAGCCACCUAAAUUGGGAGAGGUAUAUUUGGCGAAAAUGGCAGAGUCGGCAAGCAGCCAAAAUUUACCAUCGACGAGUAAACAAUCAUCCCAUGAGAUCUACUUGGAGACUCACACGUGGCAUGCAAAAUAUUUUCACAUGAUCAGCAAGUGGAAACAUAUAAUUCCAAAUUAUUCAAGGAACUAUAGCCUUACAGCCAGUUACAGAGCUAUGACACAAGGCUGCCUUUUACAAGAUAUAUCUUACUAUACCUGUAUCGAAAUAGUAGGAGAGAAAAAUUGGUUGGAAGCAGCUUUGAGGGAACAUUGUAAUCCCAAAAAAACUUUUGCAGAAAGUAUGUACACCAAAGGUCAGAGAGAAGGUACUGUAAUGUUCUUUAAAAAGAAUGGCUAUCCACAGUUCCCUAUUGGUUACGUGAACUUUUUCUGGAAGCUAAGCGAGACAAACAUUAAAACCAUUUGGAUAUGGGUACAUCCUGCUUUUUAUAUUGAAUUCCUUAGCGAGAUUAUAUCUAGUUUUGAGUUUAAACAAAAUAACGCGGGACAAGAUAGAACUGACAUUUCACACAAUUUAAUUGAUUUGUACACAAAUAAUGCAGGCUGUGAAAUGCGUAUAUUAAAAUAUACAUUAAAUAGGUUCAGACUUUCUGGGCCAACAGCUUUAACUGUAUUAAAAGAAACAUUACAUGUACCAUCUCUAACUGAACUAGAUUUGGAUUCGGAAAGCUGCCCUAUGACAGAAGAACAGAAUAGCUCGUUAAAUGAUGAAAAAUUAGAUACAUCAUCAGGUAAUAAUGUCUCUGUGCAAUCUCUGCUGAAAAUGGCAAUUAAUGAAAAAGCUACGAAAGAUUUGACUAUACAAGAUCUUAAGGAAAAAAUGUGGCAUACUAUAUAUUAUAAAAAAAGAGAAAAUAUAAAAGCUUUUAAGAUACAAAAGCGAAUAUGGCAAUUGAUGAAGGGAUCACCAAGUUUUCUGCAAUCAAAUAUAAUUAUUGGAUUAACCGUUUUAGAUCCACGCUUUUUACCUGCAAGAAGAACGAGAACUAAGAUUUCUUUAUCUCCUGAAACCUUACGUUUUGUUCAGUUAACAUCUGACUUAAAUCGUUCUGCUAUUUGGGAUGCACAAAUACGUCAGAUCGUAAGCAGAUCUUGUAUGUCCAAUCACACAAUCAACGAGAUUCAACUUAUGUCAGAUGAUUCAUAUUUCAGUAAGGAUACAGUGGCAAAAAUACCGAUACUUCUUAUACAGAAACCUGCAGUAACUCUUUCAGGUUUAGAUUCCAGGAUAGAUAUUAUUAUACCAUAUAGAUGGGCAGGGAUAAUUUGGAUAGCACUUACAAAGCAAUCUCUAUUAGUAGGUGGACUUCAAGAGACCAAAUUAGUAGUUUUUGAAAGUUUAGGAACACACGUACCUGAUAUUAAUGAUCCCGACACUUCUGUUUCCAUGAUAAAAGCGUUGGAAAGAAAGAAUAUGUUAAUCAACAAAUAUUUUUCUCAUUCCCCAUACGAAAAAGUUAAUUUUAUCAAAUUUGGUAUUCUUAGUCCUUUCUUCUGCGAUUGGGAAAAUUUAACCAAAGGCUGGUCGGACACUCAAGAUUUUUACGUUUUGAGACACUUUAAACUUUUAACACUUUUAAGAACGAAAAUUAAAAUUAUUGAACAGAAUGCAAGGUCCAAAUCAACUAUCCAAGAGACAGAAUUCGAUUUUCGAGAUUUCGAUGAAUAUCAAAAUUGCCUGGUACAAGUUACAUUGUCUUUGGACAAAGGAAGACCGAAUGCGUUCGCGAUCAUAUGUAUGUCGACACACGAAGAUUUGAGAAGAUUCGAAAUUAAUAAAAAUUAUGAAGGGCCUGUCGAAAAAUGUCACACCGAUCGGGAUGAAAAGUCCCGCAAAAUAUAUAAAAAACACUUGAAGGAAAUGGAGCAACUAAGUCGGCACAGAGUUAAACGGAAGAAAACGUUGCAAGAUAAAGUAUUACCGAAGAAAUUUGAUGUCAUUCAUGACGUGAGGAGUCGUGCAAAGCUCUCAAAACGUAACAAAAUAAUAUCAGAUCGUGAGAAAGAAAAUAGAAAAGUGAAUCUCCCAGAAUCGACGGAAGUUCGCAAUUCCUGCGAUAAAGAAGUCAUGGGGUACGUAACGAUGGGCGAUUAUUCAUUUCUUCAUGGGAAAGGUAUUGGCAUUGGAUAUGUCGCAUUACCUUCGCUACUCGAAAUAAUUCGCAAAAAGUCUAACAUUGUUCUUGUUAGAAAUACUGAUGAACUACAAUAUAGAUUUGCACGAUUAGAAGUAGUAGAUCUUGAUAGGAGAUAUAAUUAGAUAUUAAUUAUUAGUAGAUAAGUGUGCGUCAUAAGUAUAUUUUUACUUUAUGAACA